UUUGAGAUAAAUCUAAAAAAAAAAUAAACAAAAAAUUGAGCUGUUUUGAUUUAUAAAUCAUGCCAAGAUAUUGAUUGUGGAACAUGUCGUGCUUCAUGUUGAUCAGAUAAUAUACUACUAAAAAGAAGACUGCAAUUGACCAAAUAAUUAAAGGGAAAUGUGGCGAUUGGAAUAACAGUAACUGCGUUUUAAAACCAGUAAAUAAAAUGUAGAAAGGUUAAAAAAAGAAAAUCGCAGCUUUAUCUCUUUUGGUAUUUCUCGCUUUCCGUACCGGGGCGUGGUGUAGCGACAAGUUGACACAUUGUUGCUGGAGCAUCACAACACCACUGUGGAUGAAAACGGGGGAAAGAAAUUAACCAUUCGGAAUUCUUCAGGUUUAUUAAACGACUGUAAUUACAGGUUAAAUUGUCUAGUCAAACCUAUGUUAAUUUCCGCAUUAAACGCACAGUCUCCCACUCACGCCCAGUCAUUGGCUAAUGACAACAAGCUAACUGCGUCAAACGUCUCUAUCAUAAGACUUUUAUAGUUAGCCGUGAUUUAGAGGACCUGUGCGGGUUAACGGAUUAGAAAAUGGACAUGUCAAACGGUGGUGAAGGAGGAGAUAGCGACGCUGUCACCGCUUGUGUCUUGAGCGGUUUUAGUGAAAGCGACGAGACCAGAGAUCUGAUCGCAAGUUUACCCAAGGUCCAUGGAGAUAUAGCAAGAGAGUCUACGGAACAGAGGUUUCUGGUGAUAAUGAAUGUUUACCAAGAGCAGCCGCAUCUCCUGGACCCACACCUAGAGUGGAUGACGAACAUGCUACUGGAUUAUGUAAAGAAUGAGGAGUCUCCCACAUCACUGUUGCACUUGAGCUUCAGGUUUCUCUACAUCAUCUCAAAGGUAAGAGGCUUUAAAAUCUUCAUGCAUGUUUUGCCUCAUGAAGUAGCUGAUCUCCAGCCAGUUUUGGACCUGCUGUCCCGACAAGAUCCCACAGAUCCUGAGAGUUGGGAAACCCGUUACAUUCUGUUGUUAUGGCUGUCAAUGACCUGCCUCAUACCCUUUGACCUUUCCCGCCUGGAUGGCAACCUGAAGUCAGAUGGUGGUGAAGAUAAAGAGCCAGUUAUGGACCAAAUAUUAAAUAUGGCAAAGUCUUACAUGGUCGUGAGUGACACACCACGAAACGCUGCAUCUGUGCUGGUAUCAAAAUUCAUGACCCGCCCUGACGUGAAGAAGAAGCACCUGAAAGACUUUUUUGACUGGAGCUACACCCUGAUUGGUCAGACCAGUGAGGAGUCACUCAAAGAUGUGAUGGUGCUGGACGGUGUCCUCCAGGCCCUGGCAAAGAUUUUCAAACAUGGGAAACGAGAGGAUCUCCUCCAGUACGCUCCUGUAGUUCUGUCCAAGAUUGAGCAGAAAAAUCUGUUACAGAGCAGUCAGGCCAUGCUGCGGAAGCUCAGCAUCAAACUAAUCCAGAGACUUGGUCUCACCUUCCUCAAGCCACGUUUGGCUUCCUGGAGGUACCAGAGAGGAAGUCGCUCCUUGGCUGCGAACCUGUCCAAGUCUCAGUCCUCAGUGACUGAUGCUGUGACGACCCAUAUGGACACAGAGGGACAGGAGGAAGAGGAUUAUGACAUACCAGAGGAAGUGGAGAGUGUCAUUGAAUAUCUGCUGGUGGGACUGAAAGAUCGGGAAACAAUUGUGCGCUGGUCUGCAGCCAAAGGGAUGGGGAGGCUGACUGGGAGACUCCCCAAGGAGCUGGCAGAUGAGGUUGUUGGCUCAAUGCUGGACUGCUUCAGCUUUCAGGAAACAGACAACGCUUGGCAUGGAGGCUGCCUGGCCUUGGCAGAACUUGGGAGACGAGGUCUGCUGCUGCCCUCCAGAUUGAAUGAUGUUGUGCCUCUCAUCAUCAAGUCUCUGACCUAUGAGGAGAAGCGAGGAGCCUGCAGUGUUGGCUCCAACGUGCGUGAUGCUGCCUGCUACGUGUGCUGGUCUUUUGCCAGAGCCUAUGAGCCCAAAGAGUUGACACCUUUUGUCACUCAGAUCGCCAGUGCUCUGCUGGUCACAGCCGUGUUUGACCGAAGUGUCAACUGCCGCAGAGCGGGCUCCGCUGCCUUCCAGGAGAAUGUGGGCCGACAGGGAACUUUUCCUCACGGUAUUGACAUCGUAACCACAGCUGACUAUUACGCUGUCGGAAAUCUCAACAACUGCUAUUUAAACAUCAGUGUUUACAUAGCCAGUUUCCCAGAGUACACCACUGCCAUGAUAGACCAUCUAGUAGCCAUGAAGAUCAACCACUGGGACAGUGCGAUCCGCGAGCUUGCCAGUGAAGCUCUUCACAACCUGACGCCUCAAGCACCUGAUUAUAUGGCGACAACAGUUCUGCCUAAGCUGCUGUCCAUGGCGGUGGGCAUGGAUCUCCAAAGUCGCCAUGGAGCCAUCCUGGCCUGUGCUGAGGUCACACACGCUCUGUACAAGCUGGGCCUCCAGACCAACAGGACUGUGGUGGACAUGAUUGAACAUGGAUGUGUGGAUGCAUUGAAGAAUAUUCAUCACACACUACACAGCAGAAAACAAUACAGGGGUUUUGGUGGAGAAUUGAUGAGACCAGCAGUGUGUCGCCUGAUAGAAAAACUCUCACUCUCCAAAAUGCCUUUCAAAAACGACCCUGUCAUCACCGACUGGCAGCUGUUCAUCGACGACACCAUUCAUACUCUUCACCUGUUUUCUCGUGGUGUGAAGGAUGGAAUCAUGGCUGCCGUCAUUGGAGCUUUGUCUGCCUUGUGUGAAGAAUUCUACCAAACAGAGUCAGGAAAGGCUGAUGAACAGAUCCAAGAUGCUCUGGUGUCUCAGUACAUCGAGGGGCUGAGUAGUCCUCAGAUGCUCACUCGCUGCGGGUCUGCCCUCGCCCUCGGCUGUCUGCCGAGAUUUAUGAUCCAUGGCAAACUGAAGCAGGUCCUUGAAGGCCUCCACCAGAUGUGCAUCGUCAGUCAGAAGGAGGCGGGUUUUACAGAGGCCAGGAGAGAUGCCGUCAGUGCUGUUUCUCAAGUGUGCCUGACAGCCGGAGUCUCCCCUGGUGGUUCCCCAGACUCUGCUCUGUGCGCUGAAAAUAUAGCCAAGGUGUACGACAUGCUCCUGGAGAACAUCAAUGACUACACCACGGACAGCAGAGGAGACGUGGGAGCCUGGGUGAGGGAGGCAGCGAUGAGCAGCCUGAAGGUUGUGACGGUGCUGGUGGCCACCGCUGCUCCACAGAUGCUGUCACCUGAGCAAGUAGGCUGUAUGAUGUGCUGCCUGGCUCAGCAGGCGGCCGAGAAGAUUGACCGCUACAGAGCCCACGCUGGAAACAUUUUCCUUGGCCUCCUCCACAGCACAGAGCCUGCAGUGCCGCACAUUCCCCACAAGGAGGAGCUGUUGCUUAUUUUCUCUGUGGAAACCUCAGCCAGUCUGAACUGGAAAGCUCCGUCCCAGUCCUUCCAGCAUAUCAGCCAACUUCUGGGUCUGCAACAGUACCUUUACCACACUCUGCUCGGACUCACAGUGUCUGUGGGAGGGAUCACAGAGUCCACAGUCCAUUUCUCUUCUCAGUCACUGUUUGAAUAUAUGAAAGGAAUCCAGGAGGACGCCGUGGCUCUGACGCAGUUCGGAGACACGUUACUGUCCAUCUUCAGAGACAAUCUGCACAACGACAGGGUGAACAUUCCAUUUCUUAAAAUGCUCAACCAGAUGCUCACCAACGGCUGCUUUGAAAUCUUCACCAAACAAGAAGAUCAUCCCUUCUGCGUGAAUAUUCUGAAUCUCUGCAAAGAAUUCAAGAAGUCCAGAGACGUUUCCAAGCUGCGUUCCUGUGUGUCAGUCUUCUGUGGUCUGAUCCAGUUCCAGGGAGGAGUGAGGAGAACAGUUUUGUCACAGCUGCUGAUUCUUCUCUGCCACGGCUUCCCUGUGAUAAGGAAAACCACAGCCAGUCAGAUGUACGAGAUGCUGCUGACCUACGAUGAUGUCAUCGAUCCGGAGGUGAUGGAUGAUGUGGUGACUCUGCUGGGUGACACCAACUGGGAGAGCGACCUCACCACCCUACGACCUCACAGGAACCAGCUUUGUGAUUGGAUGGGAGUUCCAAGGCCCCACACGGUUGCAAAGCAGAACUGAGGACCGGUACCUGUGAAACCACCAGAAAAUCAUGAAGACCCUUUCAUCAAGACAAGAACCAUGUGAACAAACUAAUUUAGGACGAAGAAUGUUGUAUAGUCUGGUUGUACAUGACAAUAAAUCAGUGAAAAUUCUUUUA